CGUGGAUUUUGUAAGUGUGCGGUUUAGUUAGCGGAUAAAUCAGAGCAGUCUUGUGAAGUGAAAUAUUUGAGUCGGAAGUGGGGAAAAGCCAAGAACUAAUCUUACCGGUGUGAAAAUUGGUAAAUCGGGGAACGAUAAAGGGAAUGAUGUGUCAACUAAGCCUACCCCAAAGGAUUUAAACGGAAUGCGAGAAUGCGCCCGGCAGGCGAACAUCUAAUCCUUCACGAAAUUGACGUUUGAUUGCAUGACACACACCCUCACUGUCACCUGCGUGUCCAGCCAUGGAGAAGGGUAACUUUUCACCAGCCCGAUCCGUGCUCAUGCAUUAAACAAGAAGAGGAGCCAGUCCGAGGGGGACACACCAACCCAGAAGCAACUAACCCACACACAUGACCGCGUCAGGAGCGGCUGCCCGAACGUGACACAUGGCGAUGUACUUUUAUGCCAGUAAGAUAUCCGCCAUGGCCUGCGGCAUGCGUUGCAAGCAAACAGUGCUGGAAAAAUCGCGCGGCCAGCGGGAUCGCGACAAAUGUCGCCACCGUCGGCGUCGUCGCUGCCGCCACCCCAGCAGUAGCAGCAGCUCCGACAGCGACGAGUGCUGCCUGGAGAACGAGCCGGUUCCAUCUCUGGAGGCGACAAAUGAUGGCGUUUUCUCUCUGGAUGCCGGCAAUCUGACAGCGGAGACAGCUUUCCUUGGCGUCGGCCCAGGGAGCUUGGGCAUACGCUACAGGCGGCGACACAGCGCGGAGCAGCUCAGUGCAUAUGACUUGGAAAUGGGGUUUCAGCAAAUCGAGCUAGCCGCAAAAUCGGUUGGGCACAACCGUGUGGGUUUCGGUGACGAUGUGGUUCAGUACGAUGUACCCAAAAAUCCGCACAAACGCAGCCAAUGUGAUAUUAAUUUUGAGAGCUCGUUUUUGGGUUCUGGUGGCAUAAUGUACAUAAAUGGUAGAAUAGUUUCUGGGCCAUUGGACUCCCUCAUCGAGGCGCUCAUACCCAAGAAUGUCAUCGACUUAGAUAAGGAAUUUGUAUUCUCGUUUUUAUUAUCGUCACGCUUAUUUCUGCGUCCCUAUGAACUCCUGGGGAAACUAUUGGACUCGGUACCUGAAAGCAAAUGUUUAGAAUCAUUAGUAGCCCUCUUGGCCGAGUGGACAAUGAAGUUCCCCUACGACUACAGGGAUGAGCGCAUGAUGAGCCAUGUCAAGCAUAUCGUUGCCAGAUGUUCCAAUUCGCAUUUGGAAGCCGAUGUCUCCCAGACACUGAGUGCCUUACUAAAACGUUUGACUGAUUUAGAGAGACAUGAGGCCGACCUCCGUGCUUGCCAGCAGACCAACAGCACUACCGAAAAGAUCGUUGUCGAAACAACAUUCAAGUGUUCGACUGCUACGCAAUACGCACAAAUCGUCUGCCGGCUGGAGAAGAAAUUAGCCAAGCACAUUGGCGGCGAGGAAUUUCUGCAGUGCAGCAGCAUGAUUCUGUUGGAUAAACAGAAGAAAUGGGACCAACCAUCCUCAUCGGGUGGACCGCCCGGUGCACAGGAUCCAAAGAAGACUUGCAACCUGGAAACGUAUCUGGAUUGGUCGGCACGUCUGCGUCUGUUUGUUUGCAAUGAGAUACUGCAGUGUGGUGGCAUCGAGGACCGGAGUCGCACCGUUGAGCGCUGGAGUGGCGUGGCCCAGUAUUGUCUGCUUGUGGGCAACUACAAUAGCGCCACAGCCAUUCUGGAAUCUCUAGAAUCACCCGCGAUAGCGAGGCUGAAAAUCACGUGGAGCAAAUUGCAAGUGACGUGCCAACAAUUGGAUUGCAUGCAGCGACAUGCCGAGGGACAUGGUCAUUUGUGGCAGAAACAGGCAAUCGUCUUAAAUGAACAGGGCCAACCACAAAGUCUCAAGACUGAUGAGCAGGCUAAGGAAAAGCUAUCCGCAUCAAUACGAGGUCAAGGAGCAUCAAAAGCAUCUGGAGGAGGAGCUACCACAUUAAUGGACUUAGAUGAGAGACCGUCGACAAGUACGAGUGCGAGUGGGCGACCAGUUCGCCUAACAGGCACUUCCGGGAUGAAUGCAAUGUCGGCACCGGAAACAGGGACAGUGCCUGCGGCUGGCAACAGCAAUGCGGAGCAGCCACCAACAUCAUCCCCUGCCACACCAUUAACGGGAACGGAAUUGGGCAAACCCAAUGAUUGGGUUGUUAUUCCAGUGUUUGCGGAUAUUGUUAAAUUGGCAUUGGGCGAACGUGAGAACUGUUUGCAGUGCUUACAAAAUGGCCACAUCAAUAUGGCGGCCUUCGAUCGAAUGGCGGCCAUUGUCGGCGCGUUCACGAAACACAUGCAGGCAAUGAAAGCGGCCCAGGCACCAUCAAGCGGGGAGUACGAGCACUUUGGCCGGCAUAUGCAGCAAACUACAAAACUCGGCGAGACGGAACUAAUGAUGGCCUCUUUUGACUGCGAGGAACCCAAUAAUGCUGAAAAGCUAAUGUACGAUCUAAACUAGUCCUAAGCUGAAUGAGUGUUGUAGUUUUAACUUAAUCGUAUAAACCAGUAAGAAGGCAUUUAAUGUUAACUAAAACGACUAUUGUACAUAUGUACAUAUGUGUUAGGCAAAGCACUCACAGAUAUUAAACAGUAAUCCAUAAGUACACAGCUAACAUCUAAUUAUAUGUAAGAACUAUUGAAACUAAACAUAUGUAUGUGUGAGUGUGCAUGGACAGUGAAUAUAUAUAAACUAACUAAAUAAAUAAUACAUUUGGCAUACAAGACAACAUAUAUUUAUUAUAAUUUGAGUACAUGUGUAUAACUUAACAUUCCUUAAGGAACUACGAACA